AUGUCGUUGGCAGGAUAUCUGUUCGGCAACGUAGACGAGCAAGGUCGACUUGACGCGGAUCUCGAUGAUGAAUUGAAAGAAACUCUCUCAAAAGUCGAUAGUGGAGUGUUCAACAAGAUCUUCAAUGCAGACUCUUUGGGCUUGAAUGAAGACGCUACCAGAGGCGACUCGGAAGCAGAUUCACCACCCCCAACGACAAACCAAGAACAACCUUCUCAACAUGCAGCAGACGCGAUCGAUUACUCUGACUUCACCGAGACAGUUCCUGACGAUCCAAUGUUUACCAACGAUCGCCACUAUGAACGCGGUAUGGGUGCCUUGAAGAAAACAACCUCUCAAUUGCGAAGGACAAGCGACGAUUACGACGAGGAUUACGAUUUGGACGAACAAGACGUGAUGGUCAAAAACGAGGAGGACGUCAUAUCCAACCAAGUCUUUCUAAAUGGAUCAACUAGAAACGACGGCUUUGCAAUGCCAGCUAUGCCCACCGUCAGCACCAAAAAAGGAGCACCAUCUCAACGCAAGGUUGAACUAGUACAGCCUAUCGUACCUCCGCCACCACCGCCUCGACAAUUGAGUGUGCAAGAGUUGUAUCCAGGUUUUGAAAAGGGCAAGAUCCUCAAGUUUUCGGAAUUACUCGGUGCCAACCGAAUCUCUCGACCACCCAAAUUACAUGUCAAAGGAAAGAAAGUACUGUUUGCAGAUUCUUACGAUUUUGACACAGAAGCCGAUGAUCGCAGAAUUUUCGUUCGACCUCAACGUACCGAAAUUGGGCGCAUGGAGGUGGCAAAGCAGAGACUUGCCAAGGCAGGAUUUCAAUUCUAUGAGCUCCCUGACUCUGAGGAAAGUGAUGACGAUAAUUGGCCCUUAAAAGAAAAGAGGGAUCAAACAAGCGAUCUGAGCUCUUUGGUACCUUCUGAUAGACAGCAGGUCUUGGACACUGAAAAAACCUACUACUCAAUCAUGCUGGACAGUUGGGAAGACAAUAUUGUGUGGGACUCGGACGACCAUACAACAAAAGAUCAGCCGGAGGAACAUCUCAAUGUCACAUCACAUCUCAACUACGACUUGGAGGAUGGAGAAUGGAUCUCAGGCAUCAUUUGGGAUGACGAAAAAGAUAAUGGUACCCCAGUCAAACUCACCCUCAACUUAAACGACACAAACAUGCUCUUUGAUGUUGCAGAGGUGGAAGCUACCAAACCCAGGAUAUCAGAGCCGAAAUAUUCACGAAAGAAUAAGCGACCUGCUAUCAAGCAGGCUGUUGUCAAGCCCGCUCCGCCUACUGCAAAUACGCAAGCCGUCGAUGGCGAACCAGCUAGAAAAAUCACUACAAGCCGGUUCAACUUGGCCAAUGACCGCUAUUAUGACACAAAUUACACUGGAAAGCUCGUCAGAGUGCGACAAACAUUUGGUCAAUUGGUGGUGCAACAUUCACUCCCAGCCCUGAAACUACAGCCUCCCUUUUACAAAUCAAAAUUAUCCAAGGCAGAAUUGCGAUCUUUCCAUCGUAAUCAAAUACAGUUCCCAUUGCAUUCCGAAAUUACGUUUUCCCGCAUCAAAGCUCGUAAGAAGCGAAAGAAGGACAAGAAGAAGGAGGCCGCAGAAACGAUGCGAACGUCCAAAGAUCUCACUCUCAAGGAUAAUACUUAUUUCACCCUACUGGAAUACUCGGAGGAGUAUCCACCCAUCAUACCCAACAUUGGCAUGGGCAGUCUGUUCAUAAAUUAUUAUCGAAAGCGGGAUAACGAGGAUACACAUAUUCCAUCGGCUGAAAUCGGUGAACCUUUCAUCCUUGACCUCAGUGAUACUUCCCCAUUUUUCAACUUUGGAAACGUCGAUCCCGGUCAAACCAUCCCUGUCCUAUACAACAACCUUAUCCGUGCACCCCUCUUCAAACAUAAGGUCCAUGAAACCGAUUUCAUCGUGUUCCGAAAUACUUUUCGUGGGCAGACAAAAUACUAUAUUCGAGAAAUCCCUUCCAUCUUCACUAUCGGACAAACCUACCCUGUGCAAGAAGUCCCUGGACCUCACUCUCGUAAGGUCACAACCACCAUCCGAAAUCGCCUCCAAGUUUCCGCAUAUCGAUUGAUCCGAAAAAACCCCCAACAUCGACUAAAAAUGAGUAAACUCGCGGCAAAGUUUCCUGAAUACAGUGAUAUCCAAAUCCGCCAGCGACUCAAGGAAUUUUUGGAAUAUCACAGGCGGAACAAGGAAGGAGGAGGUGGCUACUGGAAACCAAAGGGCGGUGAGCCGCCCAGUGAGGAGGACUUGCGAAAAAUGGUCACGCCGGAAAUGGUUUGCCUUCACGAAAGCACCAUGGUCGGCGAACGUCAUUUGGAAGACUUUGGUUACAGCAAUGUGAAUGAAGACGAUGAUGGCGAUGGCGAUUCAAAGCUCGAAGUUGAACAGCAACUCGCUCCAUGGUUCGCUACGCGUAAUUUUAUCAACGCAACACAAGGAAAAGCCAUGUUGAAGCUAUAUGGUGCAGGUGAUCCUACCGGUAGAGGAGAAGGUUUCAGUUUCAUCAGAGUUUCCAUGAAGGGUAUCUUUUUACGAGCUGGUGAAUCUGCUGCUGAAAAGUUGGCUGAAAUUGAAGCUCGUCCCAAGAGUGCUCACAAGUAUAAUGUAGCUGAACAACAACAGAUCUACAAAGAGGAGAUCGCUAGAAUUUGGAAAGCCCAGUUCGAUGCCCUCAGUAACCCCGUCGAACCCAUUCUAUCAGAACAAGAUAUGGAGGAGGAUAACAGUGAUAACGAAGACUUUGAUAGUCCUGGCAUGAUGGACCUUGACGACAUGCGCAGCUCUUAUAAAUCAAGUGUGCCGGCAUCCCCAGCCUCAUUCUCAAUUCCUCGGCGGGCAAUGUCAGAAAUGGACGACGACGAAGUCUCCAUAGCAGAAAGUAUGGGCUCCCGAACAAGCUUCAAUCCAAACGCUGCUAACAAACAACUCGUCAUUCGCCGCCUUAUUAAACAACCCAAUGGUGAUCGUGUGUGGCAAUCGGAAACUGUUACCGACCCGGCCGUGGUCAAGGCAUACCUUCGACAGCGACAAAUGAUUGAAGAGGAAGCUACCAGCACGGAAACUCUGGAACCGACAGAUGACAUUGAAAAGAACGCUCGCAUGAAAAAGCGUAUUCAGGACCAAUUGGCCAAACUCAAACGAAAUGCAGAGAGAAGACGCCAGAGACAGUUGAAUAAAAAUGCCGCCCUAGCUGAAAACCCUGUCUUUGGUCUGAUGCGCGGUAAAAAAGAAGGUGCCAUCCGUAAAUGUGGUAACUGUGGACAACUUGGCCAUAUGAAAACGAAUAAGAACUGCCCCAUGUUCUACAAAAUGAACCCAGAAGCUGGCCCUCCCCCUCCAGAUCACAAUGGCCCUAAUAACCCUCUCGCUUUCCGCCAACCAAAAUCUCCAACUCUUGCUCCAAAAUCAGCUGGCCCUACAACCCCUGGCUCACAGGAUGCUCCUUCAUUGACAUUUAAGCUUCCCACCAAAGCUUUUGCAUGCAAGGCAAUUUUUUUAACAAGUCCCCCAGCAUCUACUCCCGCCAAGCGAAAAUUUAGUGAUUCUGAUUCAACCAAUUAA